CUGAGCAAAAAGUAUCACAUCUGUUUUAUCAACAUUCAUUGAAACAUAUCCCAACCAAAACAUUUAAAAAAAAUGGCUUCUUUUAUUCAAAACAUUUCAAUUGUCCUUAUUGUUUCGCUAGCAAUUUGUAGUGCAUCACCAGCAAGAUUGGAUAAAUUGAGAUCAAACAAGUCGAAAUUUUUAGCUAGACAAGAGGUUGCUGUUGAUGAGGAUAUUCCUGCCCAAACACCAUAUCCUCCAGCUGGUAUUCAACCUGAAGUUAAAUUUGCCCUACCAACUGAAGAGAAACUUGACGAACCAGAAAAGACCUAUCUUCCUCAAGCUGGAGAACCAGCAAAAACCUAUGGACCACCAGCUAAAACUUAUGGUCCACCUGAACCAAGUGUAAAAGAUGAAGUCGAAGAAGUUGCCAAUGAUGAACCUGAAACACAAGAAACCAAGUCAGUUGAACCUAAAUUGGAGAAACCAUCAUCAAAUGCCGAAGAAGAAGACUCAUCUGAAAAACCAGAAGAAUCAGACGAAGAAGAUUCAGAAAAACAAGAUCCUUCAACUGAAUCUGCUGGAAUCGAAGCUGAAGAAAUUGAAGCUGAAGCUGUUAAGAAUGAAGAAGAACUCAAAAAUCAACUUCCAGCUCGUCUAGUUUUAGCCAAAAAUAAUAAAGGACAAAAAUCAGCCAAGUUGCAAAUUGCAUCAGCUCCUCAACAAAUUCUUCAACCAAUUUACUACUUCAACUAUAAUGGUCAACUUUUUAGAUUAUUAUAG